AUGAAAUCGGACACUCUCACAAGCCCAUCCGACAGGCCGUUGGAAAGCGACCAAAGUCCGUCGCCGCUCGCGCACGUUUUCCCUGAGCGGAGCGGAACGGCGGCGGCGGCGGCGGCGGCUGCAGCGGCGGACUGCGGAGGUCGGCAGCGCGUCAGCGAAAUGCGGCAGCGGCGGCGCGGCGCGGCGCAGCGCAGCGGACACGCGAGGGCGCGGGGAAAGGAGAGAGUGGCGUAA